GCGGACGGAGUCUCCCAGCUGAGCUGCUGCGAUGCGCUCCGGCCUGAGAGCCUGACCAGCUUUCAUGUUGUGGAUUAUGCGGAUGAACUGGACUCUGCUGACGUGCGUCCUCGUGGCCUGCUCGUUGCCCGCGCGCCACCUCGGUGAAGCGCGGCCACAGAGACGUCUCGCACGCGACCGGGCGCGCGCCCGAGCCGCGGGCGCCUGCUCGGGCGCGUGCGAGCCGUCCGUCUGCCCGCGCGCGCCGGACUCCUGCUACUUCGGCGUGGUGAAGGACCCCUGCACGUGCUGCCCGGUGUGCGCGGCCGGCGAGGGCGAGGCGUGCGACGACGAGCGCGCGCUCUGCGGUGAGGGUCUGAGGUGCGCGCGCGACGCGGCCGGACGCUCCGAGUGCGCGUGCACCGAGCAGGGGGAGGUGUGCGGCAGCGACGGCAGGACGUACCCGAGCGCGUGCCGCCUGAAGGCCGAGAACAGGAGGGCCGAGCUCAGCCGCGCGCCGCCCGUUCUGCUCAUUCAGAGAGGCGCGUGCGGGACCGGCUCUCGGAACCCUGGCAGCAUGCGCUACAAAUUCAACUUCAUCGCGGACGUAGUGGACAAGAUCGCACCUGCAGUCGUUCACCUGGAGCUGUUCAGAAGACUGCCGUACGCCGACCAAGAGGUACCUGUGUCCAGCGGCUCUGGGUUCAUUGUGUCCGAAGAUGGCUGGAUAGUGACAAACGCACACGUGCUGUCCAACAAGCAGCGCAUCAAAGUAGAGCUGAGCAACGGGGUCCACUAUGACGCCACCAUUAAAGACGUGGAUCAGAAAUUAGACAUCGCUCUGAUUAAGAUCGACUCAGAGGAGCCCCUCCCCGUGCUGAUGCUGGGCCGCUCCUCGGACCUGCGGCCAGGUGAGUUCGUGGUUGCCGUGGGCAGCCCCUUCUCCCUGCAGAACACGGUCACCACGGGCAUCAUCAGCACCACCCAAAGAGGUGGCCAUGAGCUCGGCCUCCACAACUCCGACAUGGAUUACAUCCAGACGGACGCCAUCAUCAACUACGGCAACUCAGGAGGGCCACUUGUUAACUUGGAUGGAGAUGUCAUCGGCAUAAACACUUUGAAGGUCACAGCGGGAAUAUCAUUUGCAAUUCCCUCAGACCGGAUACGGCAAUUCCUCGCAGACUCCUACGAGAGACAAAGGAAAGGAAGGACGCAGCCCAAAAAAAAGUAUAUAGGAGUGAGGAUGUUUCAGCUGUCCCCAUCUUUGAUCAGGGAGCUGCAGGAGAGGGAGAGUGAUUUCCCAGAUGUGAGUUCAGGAGUGUACAUCUAUGAGGUGAUCCCUGGAACUGCUGCCUCAAGCGCUGGUCUGAUGAACCAUGACGUGAUCGUUAGCAUCAAUGGCCAGCUGGUUCACACCACAGGUGAUGUCAGCAAUGCAGUGAAGUCUGGGGAACCGCUGUCCAUGACAGUGCGGCGGGCUAAUGAAGACGUAACGCUCACGAUCAUCCCUGGAGAGCUAGAGUGAUGGUGAUGUAGGCGUGUGUGUUAUGUGUUGGGAAUAAUGUACAACAGCUUCAUUUCUUUUGUGUGAACCAAGCAAACAGCAGGUACUAUGUGCUAAACAGCAGAGUACUAGCAAGGGCAUUGUUUACAGGCCAAAAGUUUGGAAGCGACACUAAUAUAAGUUUAGCUCCAGUUGAUUCCCACCGCUGUAAUCAGAUCCACCAGAUUUCCCCAUUGAGAGGCUCCUGAAGGUUCAUCAACUCGAUCAGGUGUUAUAUUAGGAGCGUGGAACGAAUGAAACGCUGAUUGAUGUAGUUCAGCAUUUCAGUUUGGCCUCUUUAUUAGCUUCAGGCGCUGCGCUGAACAAAGGUAAACCCAACUUAAACCUGUCAGGUUUCAGAUAAUGAGCCACUCGUGACAGAAAAACCUUGAGAAUCUUAAGGAAAGGACUGAAGUUCUCCACACGGCGAAUGUACGAAAAGACGCAAAGCUUCUUGAAACAGCUGGCUAGUCUGCAGUAAGUGUGCUAGCUAGCAUAAUAGGAAAAUCUAGCGGCAGUUUUUAAGGAAUGUGAUCUGUAGCUUACUAAAACUUCAGACCCACCAGCUGACAACCUCAGCUAAAUUAUCUAUUGUGCUAGCUAGCAGGUUUGCUACUCAAACUACUAGCCAUUGAUUUAUAGGCUAGUGAAUACAGAUGUGGUGCUAGCUAGCAUUACUCAUUUAGCGCUAUCCUCCAUCAGUCGUCAAACUUGUUCAAAGAAUGAUUCGGUUUUCAACAGUCGGGCCAAGUGUAUCCACACCUUCAAGAUAUGUCAUCAGAAGGGUCUCACUCAAGACUACUGCGGCACCGCUGUAAGAGGCUAGAGGGAAUAUUUUUAAAACAUUUUUUUAAAUUAAAGAAAAAAUACUACAGAAAUUCACUCGAAAGAGGCCCCAAAUAUUCUGUAGUAACACUAACUAAGAUGAAGCAAUGUGAACGAAACAAGGUACAAUGAGCUCCUCAGUCACUAACGUUUAACCUCCGUUUACAACUUCUGGGUGCAGACCCCCAGACCCCUUCAUAUGUCUGGCAGAAAACGGAGAUCACAUCCAGCAUCUCAUGUAAGGCAGUCAAUUAUACAUACGUCAAGGUGUGAUUACUUCAGACUGCUUCAUCUGAAACAGAACAUUCAGGGCCUCUUUCAAGUGAAUCUCCCUGUACUUGCUUUCCUACUUUUGGCCUGUGGUGUAUGUGUUGGGUGUUUUUAUUGGAUGAGUGUUGUACUGCUGCAGAAAUGUAUUGUCCAAAGUGAAUAUAGCUUUACAUUAUGCAAUUACUUGCCUGUAUCAUUGUUGUAUGCAUAUCACUGUUGUGGGAAGAAAAUCUGGUAUCUCCAAAACGGUAACUUUACAGAAAAAGGAAAAAACCUACUUACUUUUAAUGUAAGUCAAUGGAACCAGACAUUUUUCCAAGUCAUUUUGGGUCGUUUCUUCUGGUCCAUUCAUCAUGAAAUUUACACACAAUGUAAGGGACAGCAGGCAUUUCCAAAUUAUGUCAAAAAGUGAAAAACGACAAAAAGGACAGCAGUGAUAUGCACUUUGUUUUGUAUAAAAAGGGUGAAUGUUUGAGGUGAUUUUUAUGGAUAGGAGCUCCGAAACAUCAGGUUUCGCAAUCACUUAAAUAUACAGAGCUUUAUAUUAUUAGCUAAGCUUUCCUGAUUACAUGCAAGGGCAUUUCAGUAUCUUCAGCAACUGGCAACUUCUUUGGAGUGUGCAUUGCUGUGUUGAUUCCAAAUGCAGUGUUUGUUUUGUGGUCCUGUUUUUAUCACACCGUAAUAAAUCUGAUUCUUCACGCCAGGCUGGAAUUAAUCUGGCUGACCA